AUGUUCAAGCAUCUGUGGAAACAGCCCGUCAACACAGUCCUCCACCCCUCAACAAAAGCGAAGAUGAGCUCGGGUGCCCCGGCCAAGAAGAUAUCCUUCGGGCCGUUCGAGGUGACCUCGCAGGUCUUCCUCACAACGCCACACUCCUUCGCCCUGGUCAACCUCAAGCCGCUGCUCCCGGGCCACGUCCUGGUGUGCCCAUCGCGGCCCCACAAGCGCCUGACGGACCUCUCGCCCCCCGAGGUGACAGAUCUGUUCGCGACCGUGCAGAGGGUGGAGCGCAUGCUGGCCCGUCACUACUUCCCCAGCGAGAACCACCACCACCACCACCAGCAGCAGCAGCAGCAGCAGCCGGCACCGGCAGCGCCGGGCGGCUCGUUCAACAUCGCCGUGCAGGACGGCCCGGAGGCCGGGCAGACGGUCGCCCACGUCCACGUGCACGUCAUCCCGCGCGUCCGCGGGCUGAGCUCCAAGCCCGAGGACACGGCGGGCGACGAGCUGUACGAGCAAAUGGCGCGCGAGGAGGGCAACGUCGGCGGGGCUCUGUGGGAUCGGCAGCAGCAGCAGCAGCAGCAGCAACGGCAGUUUGGGCACAGGCCCACGGCAGGGGGCGCGUUCGACCGCAUCGAGGACUCGCAGAGGAGUGCUAGGAGCAUGGAGGAGAUGGUGGCCGAGGCGGAGAUGUUCCGGAAGGCGCUCAGGGUGAUGGAAGAGGAAGAGGGGGCUGCAGCUGUGGGUGGUGAGGCGUCAUGA